AUGGCACCUUAUGAGGCUUUAUAUGGGCGUAAGUGUCGAUCUCCUGUUUGUGGGGAAGAGGUCGGCGAGCGUAAACUUUCAGGAGCAGAAAUCAUCCAAAUUACCUCUGAGAAGUUGGGGACUUUUGUGUUUCUUCGUGUUUCGCCUAUGAAAGAUGUUGUUCGUUUUGGUGUUAAGGGGAAGUUAGCUACGAGAUAUGUUGAGCCGUAUGAGAUUAUAGAGAGAGUUGGAGCAGUGGAUUAUUGUUUUGCUUUGCCACCAGACAUGUCGUUGGUUCAUACAGUGUUCCAUGUUUCAAUGUUGCGGAAGAGCAUUUCCGAUCCUUCUCACGUUCAUAAGUUACGGAACAAGGAAAUUUCGUUGGUCGAAAUUAUGUGGCGAAAUCAUUCUGUUGAGGAUUGCACUUAG